GGCAUGGCUUGUUGUUUGACUAAACCCUAGUAGUAGAAAAGCUAAGGUUUUGGUUGUAAGAGGAAGAAGAAAAUGGGUGCAACUUUGCUGGGCAUGCCGGGUGCAUGGGCUGAGGAUUAUCGCGAGCCAGCUGAUCCCUUCACAACUAAAAUUGGAGGACUCCCUGACUUACCCCUUCCCAAUCCCAUCAACGCCGAUUUGCUUCGCUGCUCCGCCUGCGCCGCCCAGCUCUGCCUCGUCGCGCAGGUUUACGCUCCCCUCUCUCACCACCGCACCCUCUUCGUCCUCGCUUGCGUCUCGCCCCAAUGCGGAACAACCUCUUGGCGAGUCCUUCGACUCCAGAGCGUUGCUGACGUGGACACCUCUCAACAAAACCAACCCUCGUCGGUUGCCCACGUGUCAGAUGAUGAAGACGGGGCUGACAUGGAUCUGGAACAGCUGGGUAAGGCACUCUUUCAAGCCGCCACUCUCGCUUCCAACACCAAGCGCAACAAACCACGCAAAAAGCGCCGCAACAGGCUCUCUUCACCACCAACAACAACUCUGGCUCUAAAUGAUAUGCCUGUGGUGCCCUGCUUUUAUAUAUAUGCGCAAGAAGAGACGUCUUCCGGGGAUCUUAGUUCUGUAUGUUUUAGCUCGCUUUCUAUUCAGGGGAAUGGAAGUGAUGUUGAGGAUCCUUCUCAGGCGGAAGAAACAUGGGAAAAGGAACAUUAUGAGUAUGAUAAAGCUUUGACUGCUGAUAGAACCUACCUCAAGUUCAAGAAACGAUUGGAUGCCAAUCCCGAGCAGUGUUUUAGAUAUUCAUAUGGUGGGAGGCCAAUUUUAGCUGCAGCUGAUGAAAUAGACCCUGGCAACUGCGGGCUCUGUGGCAGACCGAGGCAAUUUGAGAUGCAGCUCAUGCCUCCACUAUUAUACUUUCUACAUGAAGCUCUUGGUGACCAAAGACAUCUGGUGGAAAAGUGGGAUUGGAUGACCCUUAUUGUAUAUACUUGUUCACAGAGUUGCUGUGAAGAGAUUGAACAAACAAAGUCCAAUAAUAAGGGUUGGAUUGUAGCAGAGGAGGCAAUUGUAGCUCAAUGUGAGGAACCUAUCCCCGUUCAGCUUGGUGUUGAGAAACUUAUAGUUUAAUCGAAGGGAAAGAGUUAGGAAUGUGUUACUCAGUAUUGGAAUUGUAUUUACAAUGUGAAGAUUUGGUGAGGUGAACUAGUGUCCGGUGUACCCAUCUUGACCUUCUCAUCUGCUACAGAGAAUGCCUGACUUGAGCUCAAGAGCAACAAGAUGGAUGUUUCAUUGUUUAUAAUUUAAAGCAGGCUUUCAAAUAGUGGAACGACCAGAUGGAUAAGGCUCACUGGUGAGUCGUUGCUAAAGCACUCAUACAUGGUCACAUCAUCACAAGUGUCUCAAUUUAAAUGAUUGCUUGUUAAAGUUGAAGAAUAGUUCUAAUGGAUUCUCCUUUGUGGAUUCAGUGUCCGAUUUGUUUGUCACUGGCAUAUUAGUUGUUCAGUUAUUUGUCUUCAAAAUUAUGGAAUGAACAUGAAACGAUACGAGAGUUACGAGGGAGAGAUGUGCAGUUAAUGUUCAUCAACCCGAUUUUGGGCCACAUUUGGACGUCAUUUAUGUACUCUGGCUGGAAUUGAACUUGGACACUGAAGAGAAGAUUACAGUCUGAAAAUUUUCACGUCAUUAAGUAAUAAUGAACAAUAUAUGUAUAUCCAAAUAUUACAAAUAUUCAUUUGAUAUCCUUCGUUUUUCUUUAUUCCCUUAUCAAGUCAUAAUAUCAUUUAUCAUUGUUA